CCGCAAUCUCCAAUGAUAAUACAAACGGGUUAUACGCCUAUUAUAGCGACCGUAUCUUCGGUAACUACCACCGAUCAUGAAACGAUUCCCCCAAAAGAAUCAAGCAACUUGACCCCGUUAAAGUUUAGCGUAAAUCGGAAAAAAUUAAAAGCCCCUUCAUUCGACAAACACACUGUAAGUCAAAAACGUUCGAUGCGCAAAUCGAAAUCUUUAGAAGCUGAUCAUAAAUAUUCGGUAACCAGUAUUCAAUCCCCAUUAUGGGUGACUUUAACAAACGCCCGGACAAUCGAAGAACUGACAAAUGAAGAAAUUUAAAAGAAAUUCUAUUUCUAUUUUAACAAUUUGUGUAGAAUUUAUGGGAUAGAAA